GAAUUCGAAUCACCACUUGAUUGUCUCUUUCGACAUCCAUGUUCUGCUUGAGCUCUUGUGCCAAAAUAAGACAUUGCGCAAAUCCCAGGCCUUCCUUAGCCACAAGAGCUUUAAGUGUGACCAAAAUGAUAUGCUUGGGCUGUUUCCUCCUAAUAAUAGAUGACUACGUAAGUUGCUGAUAAAAUAAGCAUCACAUCGUUCUGCUAUGCCUAUGGUGCUACCAAAAAUGGCUUCUUACACCGCGAAAUCAGCAAAACCCUCAGCCUAUCUUUAUCAACAAUUCUCUUCCUUAGAAGGUUGUGAGGAGUUUUUAUAUGAUGGGAAGGUCCAAGGAAGAAGAUAAGAUUGAGAAGAUAAUUCGUGGAUUAUUAAAACUCUCGGAAAAUCGACGAUGCAUUAAUUGCAACAGUUUGGGUCCGCAGUAUGUUUGCACGAAUUUCUGGACAUUCGUGUGUACAAAUUGUAGUGGAGUACAUCGAGAAUUCACCCACCGUGUGAAAUCUGUGUCGAUGGCUAAAUUCUCCAUGGAGGAAGUUAGUGCUCUCCAAGCAGGAGGAAAUGAGAAAGCAAGGCAAACUUAUUUCAAAACAUGGGAUCCGCAACGUAACUUCUCCCCAGAAAACAGUAAUAUUGAUAGAAUCCGUGAUCUUAUCAAGCAUGUCUACGUGGAUAAACAGUAUACUGGUGAGACUCGUCCAGCUUUGGGUCCAAGGUUGCGAAAUAGUGACAUAUAUGAGCCUGAUGAACGUCGAAGGGGAGAUGUCGGUGAGAGUUCUACUUUCCACGAGAAAACAAUGGACAGAGACAGAUAUAGUAGAUAUUCAUGCGAUGAAGUAAGAAGUCCGCAGAAUUUGAGGGAAAACUCUAGAUAUGGUAAUCUUCGGACCAGUUCGUCACGUAUUGAGGGUACAGGGGGUAGCUAUCAAGUGGAUGAUAUGCGAGAACACUUUAGAUAUGGUAGUGGAAGGGCCAAGUCUUCAAGUUUUGAUGGUAGAGAUGGCCGCUUUCAAGUAGAUGAUUCAAGGGAAAACUCCAGAUUUGGUGGUCCCAUGGAAGGCUCAUCUCGUUUUGAGGGUAAAUUUGAUGGUCGCUAUCAAGUGGAUGACACUAGAAUUUCUGGGCGGGCAACGACCCAAAUGUUUACCACUGAAGACAUUAAGCCCAGAAGGAGUUCACCUGAUCGUCAGCAGAGCAGUGAUACGAAUAGACCUACUGUACAACAUGUAAAAGAGAUUCUAGGAGAAAAUUAUCUUGCUUUACGUGCCGCAAAUCAGCCUAAAUUUGCUGAUAGGAGAUGUGUUAGAGCUAUUGCAUAUCCUCAACAAGGACGUAAUAAUUACAGAGAAAAUCAUAGAGGUGGAUACGGUGUUGGUCAUUGUCAAAAAAAUCACAGACAAGAGAUUGGCAAGAAUUCUAGAAAGAAUCAUCGAAGAACUGUUUCAGCACAGAACUCUGUAGAUUCUGGCAGCCAAGUACCCUCAUACAGCAAUGCUGGAUUGAAAACCAAAAGUGAGAGUGUUGGAUCAUUGCUUGCCAUUGCAGAUGUUCCUUCACCUGAUAGAGUUGUUCAGAAGGCGGGUCCACAAACACGUGUCUCCUUAAAGCAACCAGUUAAGGCAAAUGCUUGUGAUGCCCCUAAGAAUACCUUGGAGUUCUUGCUAUUUGAAUUACCUAGUCCUGCUGCUAGCGAUCAGUCAGGAAUACCCUGUCAUGACAAUGGUGUAUCAAGUGCAUCUACAGGCAAUCCAUCAACAUGGCAUCAUGAACCAGCAGCUUUGGCAAGCGAAUCUCCUUCACUUGAAAUAGUGCCAAUAUCAUCUAGUUUCUCUGGAGAUUCUUCACAUGUUGCAGCAGCUCAAGCAUCAAAAGCUAAAUGUUCUUCAUCUGCUACUAAUGUUGCCACAACAUCCCAGACUGUGCAAACAAGCACACCAGCAAGAUCCACUGAUGCAAAUGCACCUAUUGUUGCUACUUAUCAGACGAUGCCUGAUCUUCUUGGUGACGAUGGUGUGCCUGUAACAGAUUCAAAGUCUCCUUGUUCCCAGAAUCUUGAUCGUUCCCAUGUGUUUGUUUCGGAUAUUAAUUUGUCUAUUCCAACGCGUCAUUUAAACAAAGGCUCAAAUGACCAUGUAAGACCAACAACAUUAUCCUCAGCACUGAGUGUUCCAGUAGUUUCUGAGAAUUGUGCUGCACAAUCGUCUCAGUUUGCUUUAGGUCCAACUGGAGAAACAGAGUCUUCUGCAGAAAUACAGUCUUCUCCUACAGAUGCAAAAGCUGCCGGAAGGACAGAACUUCCUGCUGAACUUUUUGCUUCUCCCUACAAAUUAAAUUCAAUGUCAUCAUCAGUGUGGCAACCAGGUCCAAAUUAUGGCAUGGGCUUUCACAUGCAUUAUUACCCGCCUCAGGUGCAGAUACCGCUAAUUCCAAAUGUGGCCAAGUCAACAAAUCCAUUUGACACAAAUGACAACAUUGCUCAACCUGAUGUCAAUAUGUUUUCCUCCAAAGGAACCCUCCAAGGUGGAUUGCCUAACGUGUUCUCACCAGCAGGCAUGUCACAUAUUACAAGUUCUGGACCACAUUUUCCUGGUUUUGCACCAACAGUUUCACCCGCUUGUCCUGCCGGUGCAUACAUGAGUCAGCAAUUGUUCCAAAACAUGUCACCAAACAGUAUACAAGGAGCAAGUGGCUUUGGUGGCGGAGUAGGAUCGACAUUACCAUUACAUUCAAAUCAACAUAUCCCAUAUCGAUAUCCAGCACCUACAGAUCAAAGCUCGUAUCCUAAGGGUGGAGGAAAUCCAUUUGAGUAAAUCUUCCACUCAAACUAAAUCACAUUUUAAUGAUUUUGCGAUUCUUAUCUUUGCGCGAGGCUCUAGAUACAACCAGAAUGCUAAUACGAUUAGAGAAAUCGAAGUGAUUGAAGUGAAUCCAGUGUUGUCUUAUCUAUGAUCAACUUAUGGUCUAACAUCAGCAAGUGAUUUUGAAGAGCAUUCUAUGAGGAGGAAAGUAUAGGUUGUAAAACAUUUGUGUAUAUCCCAUUUUAUUCAUCACCUUUUGUCAUGAUACUUUUGCAUGUUGGUACAAAUUGUGGAAAAAAUUGUAGAGAAGCUGCAGAUUGUGAAAUCCCAAAGUUGUUCGACUUGUUUUUAGUGAAUUCAGUAUGCUGUAUAGUAGAAAAUUUUGACCGAGGCACUUGUUUUGAUUGAUGCGAUUUUCAUGCCUUAUA